CCCAUCCCCCAGUCCCACUACCAUGCGCAACUACUUCUCCAGGUCGCACUCCUCGCGCCUCUCCACCGCGAACCCCUUUUCCGAGAAGCAAUACCACUCGGAGACGCGUCCUCUUAACACGAGUGACGGCCACAGCGACGACGGAGACUCCGCUCUCGUCGACAUCCCCGCUGUUCUGACCCCACCGAACCUCAAGAUCAAGCGCGUCGACCACUUCUGGAGCACCUGGUCCAAGGGAUGGAAGUACAGGAACACCGGGUCUAGCGUCGUCGCCGAGGCCGUGCGCCCGGUGGGCAACGGGACCACGAACGACCCGUGGCAGAACUUCUGCUUCGUUGUUGUACGCAAGUUCCCGCAGCAGCAGAAUGACCUCGAGGACGAGAUCAAGUACAAGAUCGUGAUCAAGAGCCCGUACCUACUCAAAGCCUGCAAGGACGUGAUCGGGAAUGUUCCCGGUGUCUCCUGGACCGCCGAACCGCUCGAGCUCGAGCCCCAGCUGCUCCUCGCAUUCUUCCCCCAGCUUGAGGCACACGAGAAGCUUCUCAAGGGGAAGACGCGCAGCCUGCACGAGGACUACAUCCUCGCGACCCUCAGUGUCCUGCUCGAGUACCUGCGCAAGGACUACCGCGCGACGCUCGAGCGGAUCGCGAACCUCACCACGCACGGCGAGAUCACCUCCGAGCUGCUCUACGCCAUCCUCGUCCCGCGCACGAUCAUCGUCACGGAGUGCCCCGUCACGGGCGAGACCCGCGCGCUCCAGCUGCGCGCGCUCAGGCAGGUCAAGCUCGGGAGUGGCAAGGCGUCUGUGGUGUGGCGUCUUCUCUGCGAGAGCAUCGACUCGCUCGAGGAGGCCAUCCACGGCCGCAACGUGGAGAGCAACAUCAACGGGCGCGCUCCUCAGCAGGCCAACCACUCGUCGGGCGCGAACCCCCGAGCGUCGGGUAUUGGCGAGAAGUCGUUUGGGCGUGUCGAGACGGUCAUCUACAUCGAGCCGUUCUCGGGCACGAAGAAGAUCAAUACUCUUGCGGCGUACCCGCUCAAGUACAGCUAUGACCCCCAGGGCUUGAGGGAGAUGCUGCUGGAACGCGGGCGGAAGUGGGCGUCGCUGAAGGGCAUUCACCACGUUCACUACCAGGGCACAGCCGCGUUCCGCCUUGGGACGGCUUCCUGCCAGACCAUCGUCAAAUACAAUGUGGACUCGCGCAUUAUGGUCGACAGAAGGAACUUCCUCAGGCUGAACCCGAACUACGCGCGUCCGAAGGCAAGCGAGACGGAGCAGAACGACCGCGCCCAAGAGGCAUACAACCCCAAUGAUCGCUUGCGAGCCCACCGCCAGCAGAUGAUGAACGACGAGCCAGACCAUUUCGAGAACGUAUUCACGCUUGAUGUCCGCUCCAAGACGCAUGCGGAGGAGGCAGCGCUCAAGGACGAGGACCUCCUGCUAGCCUCCCCCAUCCUCUAUGGAUACAGUCUCUCGGACAAGAUCUGGCUCGAGUUCAACGUGCAACACAUUCAGCCGAUUGUCUGGAAUGAAGAGGCGUUUGCGAACCUCGUGCUCGCGGACGACCGCAAGGACCUCCUGCGCUCGCUCGUCGACGCGCACAGCGUCGACCUCGGCUUCGACGACUUCGUGCAGGGCAAGGGCCAGGGUCUCAUCAUCAACCUCUUCGGCCCGCCCGGUGUCGGCAAGACGCUCUCCGCGGAGGCGACGAGCGAGCGCGUGCACCGCCCGCUGUACGUUGUCGGAGGCGGAGACCUCGGUACGAAGGCGUCGGACGUCGAUGCGGAGCUGACCAGGGUGUUCGACAUCGCCACGAGCUGGAAGGCCAUUGUGCUCAUUGACGAGGCCGACGUGUUUUUGGAGCGUCGAUCCCUGCAUGACCUCGAGCGCAACGCUAUGGUCGCCGUCUUCCUCCGCCAUGUCGAGUACUACCGCGGCAUCCUCUUCCUCACCACGAACCGCAUCACCGCGUUCGACCCCGCCUUCCUCUCGCGCAUCCACGUCGCGCUCCACUUCGGCGAGCUCUCCCUCGCCGCGCGCACCCAGGUCUGGCGCGCCUUCCUCCGCAAGGCCGGCAUCGCGGCGCCCGCCCCAGGCGUCGACGCGGAGGCGCAGUUCGUCGCGCGGCUCGCGGCGCGCGAGGUGAAUGGGCGGCAGAUCAAGAACGCGUGCCGCACCGCGCAGUCGCUCGCGCACAGCCGCGGGCAGCAGCUCGCGGUCGAGCACCUCGAGGAGACGCUGGACGCGAUGGAGGACUUCAACAUCGAGUUCGCGGCCAUGACGAAGGCGCAGGCCCGGGGCUCUGACUGAGAAUCGUACACGGGGAGGGCGGGAUGAGGACGUGAGAGCCGGGCUGUGGGUGCUGUAGUCCGCAGUAGAAGAUAACUGAACGUGCCUGGUGUACUAGUAGUCAUACGGCCGCCCGAGAAAUACAUGCCGUUUGUCAGUGACGUUGCCACGAAUAUUGC